GCAGGACCAGGCCUGAGCCACCUGGUCCCAGAGCCUCCGUGCCUGCAAAGGUCCGGCGCUAGGACCCGCGCGGUCACACCUGUUGGCCUCUGAUUAGUGGGGCGGGCGGGCCCCCAGUAGGUGUAAAUGAGCUAACUAGCCACGGGCGGGGAGUGACUUUGUGCUUGGGCGUGUGGAGCGAACUGCUCCGGCAGGGCAGGGCAGGGCAGGGCAGGGCAGGACAGGGGAACGCCGCGCAGGGCUCCACUCUCCUUCCAGCUCCCCGUGCCGCGGGUACUCUGCGCAGACCAUGGCGGAACUGCUGCAGAGCCUGAGUGAUUCCCAAUUGGUGGCGCGCUUCCAGCGCCGCUGCGGUCUCUACCCAGCGCCCCCGGAGACUCCCCACGAGCCCACGGAGGGCUCCGGGGCUCCGGCGCCGCAGCCGGCUUCCCGGCAUACCCCGGCGGUCAACGGCAAGGGCGGCCGGAACGGCGCCUACCCGCAGCCUUAUGCCCAGAAGUAUACCCAGAAGUACAUUGUGAAGAAUUAUUUCUACUACUAUCUAUUCAGGUUUUCAGCUGCUUUGGGUGAAGAAAUUUUUUACAUCACUUUCCUUCCAUUCACUCACUGGAAUAUUGACCCUUAUGUGACAAGAAGAUUGAUAAUAAUAUGGGUUGUGAUUAUGUAUAUAGGUCAAGUCUCCAAAGAUAUUUUGAAGUGGCCCCGGCCCUCUUCCCCUCCAGUCGUGAAGUUAGAAAAGAGGUUAGCUGAUGAAUUUGGAAUGCCAUCAACUCAUGCCAUGGCGGCAACCUCUAUCUCUUUCACAUUCCUCAUCUCUACGAUGGACAGAUAUGAGUAUCCCUUUGCAUUGGGACUAAUGCUGGCCAUCUUGUUUUCUACUAUGGUAUCCCUUAGCCGACUUUAUACUGGCAUGCACACAGUACUGGAUGUGAUCGGUGGCAUUUUGAUUAGUGGAUUGUUCAUCGCCGUCACUUAUCCAGCAUGGAACCUCAUCGAUCACCUGGAGUCUGCCAGUCUGCUCUUCCCUAUAUGCAUUCUUGUAGUGCCUUUCUUCUUAUGUUACAAUUACCCAGUAUCAGAUAACUACACUCCUACCAGAGCAGACACUACCACGAUUCUAGCAGCUGGAGCUGGAGGAACCAUUGGAUUCUGGGUCAAUCCUUUUUUCAAGUUGGUAUCUGAGCCCGCGGAGUCUGCCAUACAAAGCAUCCCACCUCUCACGACCAAAAUGCUAGUCUUGGGACUAACCAAGUUUAUGGUUGGAAUUGUGGUAGUUUUCUUGGUUCGUCAACUGAUGCAAAAUCUUUCCCUGCAAGUGCUUUACUCUUGGUUCAAAGUGGUCACCCGGAAUAAAGAAGCCAGACGAAGAUUGGAAAUUGAAGUACCCUACAAAUUUGUAACAUAUUCUUCAGUUGGCAUCUGUGCUACAGUAUUUGUACCGAUGCUCCACCAGUUUUUGGGAUUACUUUGAGCAAUUGUACACUUGAAAGAGAGCCCAUAAAGACAAUUUAGUCCUAGAAAGGCCACAUAAUGGAGAAGAUCCAUCACAUCACCAUCUUUGCCACUGUUGCCAUCCAUUACCAUCACUACCACCAGUGCCAGUCUGCCAGUCUCUUCCUUCCUCUAUGUCCACCAUUUCCAAGAAAACAAAAGCAAAAAAAAAAAAAAGAUAUCUGUAUGCCAUGUGCCUUUCUUUUUUGGCUAAUAAUCAAA